GUGAUUUUUGUUUAUGAUGCGAGGGGGUCUGGGAACCUAUCGAGAUAUGCAACGCCGCCAUGGCCGCGUGCGGCAGGGGGCGGCAGCCGCGCGCCGCGCUGGAGGUCAUGGCCUCGCUGCCGCGCUGGUCGCUGCGGCCCAACGUGGUGACGCUCAGCACGCUGAUGAGCGCCAGCGAGGGCCUGGGGGCUGCUGCGGCGUCCUGGGAGCGGGCGCUCUCGCACCUGCGCGGCCUGCGGGCCGGCCCCAACGUGCCCGCGUUCACCGCCGCCGCGGGCGCGUGCGCCGCCGCCGGCCGCUGGCGGCGGGCCUGGGGGCUGCUGGCGGAGAUGCGGGGCAGGGCCCUGGCGCCGAACGCGCUGAGCUACGGCGCCGCCCUGGCCGCGGGCGAGCGGGCGCGGCAGUGGGCCAGGGCGCUGGCGCUGGCCUGGGCGGUGGCUCCGUCCGCGGGCGCCGCGGGGCCGCUCGCGUGCGCCCGCGCGGCGGGCGCCUGCGGGGGCGCAGGCCAGGGCGCCGCGAUGCUGCGGGCCGCCGCGCGGGGGAGGCGGCUGGCGCGGCGGCAGCCCCGCGCGUGGUGCGGCGAGGCAGACUUGGAGGCCUUCCAGACCUUCCCGUCCAGCAGAGCAAGCCGCAUCCCACUCCUCGGGCCGAUGAUGUUGCUCUUCCUCAUGACGACAAUCGUGCAGGUUUGCCUGCGGGUACGUAAUCGCGACGGAGAUGCAGGUGGUGACGUUGCCUUCGAGAUCCUCGAUGAUGGAGACGACUCGAUCGGGGCGGUCCGCGUAUACGACGACACUACGAAGAAGGAGCUUCUCGCAACCAUUUCCAAGUUCCAGAUCGUGUUCGCCAGCCUCGCCCCCUCCGCGUCCGACACUUGCGACAAGAUGAGCAAGCACAUGGGGCGCGUCAGCCAGGCCAUGAGAGCCCUCCGCCUUCCCGACGGGCCACGGCAGCGCUUCAACGCCAAGGCCAUCACGUAUCAGGACACGGAGGUGUUCGUUGCGGUGGCAAGCGCCCAGCGGAGACCGUCGAGGGCGGGCGACGGUCGGCUGGCGGCGGCGGGCGGCGCCCGCUGGCAGGAGGGCGCGGCCGUGGCCAUGCUGCUGGAGCUCUGGCCCGCCGGGGGCGGGGAGCGCCGGGCGCUGGGUCGGCGGGCGGUGGCGCCCGCGGCGGCGCUGCUCCGGGGGCUCGCGGCUCCGGGCGCAGCGCCGGGCGCCAACGACAGCUGGGCGGGUGCGGCCCAGGAGCUGGCGAGCCUUGAGGGGACAGGCUCCUGCGUCCCUGUGGCGAAGCCGCGGCGCACCGCCCGCCCCCCCGCCUCUGGCGCCGCGUGCUGCAGUGCGCGGGCGGCGCCAGGCCCCGAGCCGCACGGGUGCGGCGCGCCAUUUAAGGCGGGCUUCGCGAGGGCCCCGCGGCAGCAGGUUUUCGUAGCGAUGGUGGAGAGGUUGGGCUGGAUGACCCAAGUUGCGCAGUCAAUCGCCGUCGGCACCGACGUCGUCGACCUGGGGGCCACUCCCCUUCGUGAGUUCCACGGCUGCGUCCGCCCCGCCGCCGAGCAGGGCCUCAAGGGCGCGCUGUGGGCCGCGUGGGGCGCGGAGUUCAACCCGAAAUCGAUCUUCGCGGGCGCGCGUUCUCGCGGCGACUGGGCCGCGGGCGCCGGGCGCCGGCGCGUUGGGCGCGAGCGAGGGCGCCCCCUGGCGCGGGGGCACGCGGCCACUGGCGCGGCCAGGGGGGCGGCGCCCGACGCCAUCUGCAAGGGGGGCCGCGGGCGCGAGGGCGAGGGCGCGGGCAGACGCCGCGCCUUCGCACGCGCGGCUCGGCGCGAGCAGCGGCGCCGCACGGGAGGAACUUACGUCGCGCAGAGAAGGGCCAACCCGCUGCCUGGAGCCGAGCAGCUCCAGGGCCGAGGCUCGGCCGGCGACCCCGCGAUCGAGCCAGGCUUGCGAGGCCUGCUUUCCGACGAGGCCAUCUUCGUCGAGGGGCGCGGCGGCGACAUGACGCAGCAGGCGUGCAUGCGCGGGUGCCUCAGGCUGGCCGGCUUCCGCGCCCUGCUGCAGGUGCUGCCGCUGACCUCGUUCGCGACGUUCCUGGCUGUCGCCGCCGCGGCCGCCCUGGAGCCGGGCGUCGGCUUCCUCGGCCUGGCCGUCCUGCGGCGAGCCGCGGCGGAGCUGGGCGUGGACGUGGCCCCCGACGCCUUCGCCUACAUCGACAAUGUCGUGGCGCCGCUGCUUGAGUCUCGUGGCCGGCGGCUACUGCGAGCCCCCGCGGCCGGCCCCGCCUUCCCCGGGGCCCUCCCCGAGCGCGCUGCUGCCGAGGGCGGCGAGGAGGAGGAGGAGGCUGCUGCUGAGGAUGAGGAAGCUGGGGCUCAGGCUGAGGAUGAGGAAGUGAUGGCCAUCGUUGAGGCUCCGGAUGUUUCGGUGGUGGCGGUGCGGGCCAUCAAGAGAGUUCGCCGCAACCGUGACUACUGGAAAGCCAAAGCAGAUGAGUAUAGGAACGAACUCGCACUUGCAAAGCAGAAGUUGGCAGAAUUUGAGUUCGUGAAGCACGGGAAGCGGCGCAAGGCCGAGUCCGAGCGGUGGAACGUGAGUUUGGUCGGCGGGUAUUCGCUGGCGAUCAAGCGGAACCUCGGCCACGUGGGGGCGACCGCGCUGGCCCAGAUCGUGGAUGCGAAAGUCGGCCGCGUGUCCGUGACUACUUGGGAGAAGUGCCUCGCCAACAACAUCAUCGGCGAGUCCAGGCUCUGGCAUCGGCGCCAGCAGGAUCGCAUCCGGAACUUCGUGAAGACACCCGGCGAUGCGUUCUCGUGGGAGAUCCACAACGUCAGAGGCGAUGCUACCAAUGCCAGCUCGGUCCAGAGCAUGAAGGUGCACGUGCUCGAGGCGGCCAGCAAGUACUACGCGCCAGGCAUGGUCAACGCCGACUCCGCCACCUUCGCCCCGGCCUGGAACGCGAAGGUCCUGGUCACUGGUCAGGAGCGCCGGAGGAAGACCAAGAAAGGCGACCAGGAGCCGCCGUCGUUGCCGGCAGUGCUGCGUCAGGGCGCCACUCGGGUUACGGUCUCCCACGACGGCACGACCCUCGACAUCGGGGUCCCGACGUUCACGAUCGAUCCGGCGUUUCCUAGGGGCGACGCCCUGAGUGUGCACGAGCUGGCCGAGGCCCCUGGAGGAGUCAAGCUAGUUGAGAUGACCAGGCCAGAAUUUCCGCACGAGGCGUCUCUCCGCCAGGGGCAGCCGGCAAAAGUGGCGAAGACGACGACCUCGAAACACACAUCGAAGCACAUCUUGUCCUAG